AUGGGGUGGGGGGGUGUCCCCGGGUGGGGACGCGGGCAGGUGCCCUCGCUGACCCCUGUGUCCCCAGACCACCAGAAGCUGGAGCGGGAGGCCCGCAUCUGCCGGCUGCUGAAGCACUCCAACAUCGGUGAGUGGCACCUGGCCCAGGACACACUGGGGACGCCACGGGGGUGUGCGCGGUGCCACUGUGGGGACAGGCUGGGUGCCACCCUGGGAUAUGCCGGGUGCUCGCCUGGGGACAUGUGGGGUCUCAUCCCCGGGGUCCCGCGGGGUGCCACCCCAGGGAUGUGCUGGCCCGAGAACCUGCUCCUGGCCAGCAAGUGCAAAGGGGCAGCGGUGAAGUUGGCCGACUUCGGCCUCGCCAUCGAGGUCCAGGGGGAUCAGCAGGCCUGGUUCGGCUUCGCGGGCACACCCGGCUACCUCUCCCCCGAAGUCCUGCGCAAAGAGGCCUAUGGCAAACCCGUGGACAUCUGGGCAUGCGGUGUCAUCCUGUACAUCUUGCUGGUGGGCUACCCGCCGUUUUGGGACGAGGACCAGCAUAAACUCUACCAACAGAUCAAGGCCGGUGCCUACGACUUCCCUUCACCCGAGUGGGACACGGUCACCCCCGAAGCAAAAAACCUCAUCAACCAGAUGCUCACCAUCAACCCCGCCAAGCGCAUCACAGCCCACGAAGCCCUCAAGCACCCGUGGGUCUGCCAACGCUCCACCGUGGCCUCCAUGAUGCACAGGCAGGAGACAGUAGAGUGUCUGAAAAAGUUCAACGCCCGGAGGAAGCUCAAGGUCCAUGUGUCUGUCCCCAAGGUCCGUGUGUCUGUCCCCAUGGUCCGUGUGUCUGUCCCCAAGGUCCGUCUGUCUGUCCCCAAGGUCUGUCUGUCCCCAUGA